UGAUACGCUACUGGUUCGGUUAGUGGGACUGUACUGGAAACAUUCCCCAUCCACGACUGCAAAACACCAGCAGCUCUCUCACACACGCACACACUCACACACACUCACACACACUCCUCUAUUGACGAUGACUGCCAAAAACCGAAACAAGACCAUCUCCAGCGAGAAGAGCGCCGCCGCCGACGACGCGCCGAAGAAAAGCCCGAAGAGCGCCGGUAACGGGGUGAGUGGCCCCGGGCCCCAGGCGCCGGGCUCCGGGAGCUGCCUCGGCCUGGUGGCGACCGCGGUGUUUUACAUCGCGUUGUUGGGCGCCGCCGGGUUCGCCGCUUUUUAUUUGCAGCAAGUUGUGGAGGAAAUCAAGCAGGCGAGCGCCGGGCGCGAGGAGAGCGCGAGGCGCAGCGCGGAGCUGAGCGCGGCGAUGGAGAGCGUCGUUCAACAGGUGGAGUCCCUGAGCAGCGUCGUGGACGGACUGGAGUCAUCACUGGGCAUCACACGGGUGGAGAUGGAGGCGGCCGUCAGCCGGACGAAGAGGGGCGAGGUGGAGACGAGGAAGUUGGAGGAGGCCCUUCAGAGGCUCCAGAACAAUCUACUGAGGGACCUUUCAGAGGGCAUGAACGAGGUGAAGGAGGCCCGAGAGAGGGCCUUCUCCUCUCUGGAGAAGACCGUGGAGGAGCGGCUGGCCGAGGUGAGUCAGUCCAUCACGGCCAACGUGGCGGAGUUCACCGAAGCUCAGGGCGAAGCGCGGAGCCAGCUGGCCGACCUCACGGCCCGCCUGGCCGACAUGGAAGACCCCGCGCUCAUCAAAGAGGAGCUCUCGGCCAUCGUCGGCGCCGUGGAGGAGAUCAGAACGGCCAAACAGACCUCCGAUGCCUCGGCUGAUUCAAUCCAGGAGCAGAUAGUCACCGUGAGGUCCGAGCUCCAGACUCGUAACCGGGAAGUGGCCUCGCUGUCUCAGGAAGUCGAAUCGGUGAGGUCAGUGGUGCAAGAGUCCGUUGGGAAUCUGAGGCAGUCGCUGUCCGCGGCCGAGGCGGACGUCCAGGCUCUGAAGGACCAAAGCGCGGCACUGGAGAACGGCGUGGAGCGGGUCGCCGACGCCGUCCGUAACGUGGAGAAGCAGGCGCAGGAGGAAACCGCUCGGGUCCAGAGAAGAUCGGAAGACCUGGAGAGCAGAGUUAAAACAUCGGAGGAGACCGGAGAUUCACUGUCGGCGUCCGUGUCCGACAUCGCCACCAAAGUGGAAUCACUGUACGCCAAGUACGACACCCACGACAGCGCUCUGGCUGCACAGGGGCAGGCCGUGGAGAAGGUCAAAUCUGGCGUGGAGCAGGACACGGAGGCACUGAAAAGCGGUUUGGGGGAGCUCCAGUCCAACAUGGCCGCUCUGGGCAGUGCCCAGACCAAGCUGUCUUCGAAGGACUCCAGCAUGGGUCAGCAGGUGGUGGUCUUGGAGGAGAGGCUCGCCGCUCUGGAGGAGAGCAGCAGCAGCAGCGUGAAGCCGGAGCAGCUGCAGAGUUUAGGAAGCAUGGUCGCCGGUUUGGAAGUCAAGGCGGCCAAGCUCGAAGGCCACGAUCAGGCUAUAUCGGCUCUUCAGAAAGCCCUGCAGGAGACCACCAAGACACUGGAGGGCUUAUCCAAAGGCCCGAAGGGAAAGCAGGGACCGUGAGUUGCCAGUGUGACAUCAGAAUACACCAAAACAUGACAAUAAUGAUUCCCAAAGGCUCUCGAUAACCCACGUUUCACCAAAGAAUUGGUGUUCGUAAACUUGAUAGUCACGGUGUUGCACAUUUAGAUAGAAAAGUAGCCGAUGUGUGGGGCGUUAGGUUAAGGUGUGGGGGGGGGGCAGAGCUGUAGCCUGCGGCUGAUCUGUGAAUUCAAAUACACACUCGUUCUGCACUGUAGUUCCUUCUCCUCUAACGUUUGGUUUUUUUAAACCAACCAAAUGCAAUAAUAAGCUCUUUUUGAGCACUCCUUUGUUUUCUACUUGUUGUUAUUUUUUUGUGUGUGUUUUUUUUUUUUUACAAGAAUAAAAAACUCUUGUUGACCU